AUGAAGCCUGCAAUUAUUGUCUGUCAUGGCUCCUAUCAUAGCCCUGCUCCGUAUGAGCCCUUCAUGGAGCAAUUGCAGGCCCAAGGAUUUGAAGCCUACUGUCCUCACCGGCCAACGUGUGAUCUCAGCAGGCUCAACGUCGGGGAUGUAAAUCAUCCGGAUUUCGACCUCGGGCCUCCAGCCGAGGGCUAUCCUACUGACACAGACGAUGUCAGUAUUGUGGUCGAACUUCUAGACAAGCUAGUUAACCAAGACGGGAAACUCGUCCUGUUGGUGGCACAUUCAUCCGGUGGCUGGGUUGCGACCCAGGCCGCCAUACCAGAAUUGCAAGCCACAUAUCGUCAGACCGAGGGCAAAAAGGGAGGCCUGAUCGGCAUAUUCUACAUGGGGGCUUUCGUUGUCCCUGUCGGCGAGUCCAUUCAUAGUUUUUUCCAACCGAAAGACGGCACGGUCUUCACUCCACCGUUUAUGAAAUUCCACAAACACGGCGUCAAGGGUCUCGGAACUCCGGUCGAAGCCCCUCGCUUUUUUUUCAAUGGUCUUGACGCGGAGUCUGCGGCAAAAUGGACAGCUACUCUCACUGCGUCCCCCGUCAAUACUGACAGGCUUAAAAACGAUGCGUACUCAGCCCUGCCAUGUGCAUACCUGGUGCUGGAGGAUGACUUGACUCUGCCCAAGGAGUAUCAGGAGGGAAUGAUCGCGCUUCAAACCCAGGCAGGCAACCAGUUUACUGUUUAUCGAGCGCCUUCCGGACACUCGCCUCAUCUCACAUGGAUGGAGGGUCUCGUUGCUAAGGUGGCGGAUUUUACAAAUGAAACUCUUGCAUAA